AUGGAUCUCAACACGCGCACUCAGACAAAUACACUAUCCUGGACUCGUGAGGCACCGCUUCCCCAUCGAGAGGACCUGCAUCCCAGAUUUCAAUCUUGGUAUCAGUUCGACCCUGCCCAAAAGUGGAUCCCCACCCAAACGGAUGCCGAUUCAAGUGACCAUGCAGAGCCAACCCUUGGGGGCGACGCAUCAAAUCUUGUGUUACUGACAUGGAACAUUGAUGCGGGCUCUUCUCAAGCCCAGGAACGCGCCACCGAUAUUAUCACGUAUCUCACCCGGUUAGACCCCCCCGUAGACAUUGUUUUUCUUCAAGAGGUCUCGAGGCCGGCCCUGCAGCAGAUUCUGGAAGACGAGCGCAUUCGUGGGUCCUGGCUUUCAAGCGAUUGUGAUGAUCUCUCGUGGAAUGAUCGACCCUUUAUGACAGUGACUCUACUGUCCAGAGCACGCUUCGCAACACCUUCUAAUCCGGAGACCCACAACCUUGUUGCCGGCCCAAUAUGGAGGGUCCGGUUCCCAAGUUAUUUCGGUCGAGAUGCGCUCUGCUGUGACAUCUUUGUGCCUUCACCCCCAGAGGAUGAAGCAUCUUCUGCGACACGAAUUCGGCUGGUGAAUGUCCAUCUGGAUUCUUUGCCGAUCAAGCCUUCCCACCGGCCUCGACAAAUAUCUAUGGUUGCCUCUCUUCUGCGCACCGCGGGACGUGGGCUUGUGGCCGGUGAUUUCAAUCCCGUUCUUGACGAAGACGACGAGCUUCUUGAAUUCAAUGGCUUGACUGAUGUCUGGGCAUCUUUGCGGUCCAAGGAGCCUGGUUACACAUGGGGAGUUGACGGGCAACAACCGUACCCGCCUAACCGGCUUGAUCGAGUGGGGACCCUGGGGUUAAAGGCGUCUACAAUCCAGGUUCUAGAACCAAGACGAUUUGGCGACUGGGAUACGCCCAGCUUCCAACAGACCAAGCCUGCCGAAGAAGCACCCUUCUGGAGCGAUCAUCAUGGCCUACUUUGUUCAUUCGGCUUGGCCGAAGAUUGA